AUGGAAUUAAUUGAAGUUGGUUAUAGAUAUUUAUCUUUAUUAGCUGAUUAUAUGACAUAUGAAGGUGUUUAUAAGCCAUGUAAUCGCUUAGAAGUAUUAUUAUAUGAUGAACAUGAACAAUUAAAAUCUUCAUUAUCUCAUUUAGUUACUGGACGUAUGAUUCAAUACGAUACUGGGGUUUUUGAUAUUCUUACAAAAUAA